AUGAGGAGUUUACGGUCAAUCCAGUUUGGUGGUGUCAAGGGGGGCUCGGUGUUGGCUGUGGUCGUGGGUCGACCCAUCGAUGGGAGGGUAUCCGACGACGGGAAGGAAGGGGGACUUCUCGAAGUUUCAUCCGCGUCCGAGUCCGAGAGGUGGGAUGAAGGAGAGAAGUUGCGGAUGGUGAUCGUCGAGGAUCUGAGCCUUCCGGAGGAUCUCUCAAACGGUUGUCUCACCUCCUCAGACGAUAACGAUCAAGCAAAGAAGCUCCCGAUGUUGAUAAUCGAGGACGCGAGGUCCCACACUGACACUGAGGGGGAGCAACUGGCGCGGCCAACUGCCAGGUUUUGGCGAAGGCCCUGGUUCGGUGCGGGCGUGGGAGGUGCCGCAGGCACUGCAUUGGUGACAUACUUGAUCUUAUUGCUCCGAGCUGGAGACCGCCCCGGUGACGAUGUGGUGCCGGCCCCCUCCUCUGUGUCUGAGGUCACCACGUAUCACUCUACCCCAGCCACACACAGCUCAUCCCUGUCGCCCGAUUUUGUGCCGGACCUCAGCGAGAUCGGCAAAAUUUCUGAGACGGAGCUGGCUCUGUUGAAGGCACCGACGGACGUGUGCAGGCGGACAUACAGCGACGUUGUGCAAGCGAAGAAUGACUUGCCGAUGGUAGAAGCGACGAGCAUUGCCUGGCAGAAGUUGGACUGGAACGACUGUGCUUCAUAUGGCGGCAGGAUAGUGUGCACGCGUGACCAGAACACGGACGACGGGAACCUUGGGUGUCAUUACUUUGGCACUCCGUGGAAAUUCGAUCUUCCUACUGUCUGGGAGGGUGUCGUUCGCCACGUGAAGCCUACUGAGUGCUCGUACCAGUGUAACGACAAAGACGAGCACGACAAACUACUGACUGUGCGCCGAGCGCUGGAGAUUGCGGGUUCGAUUCCCGGCGUUGACUUGGACGGUGUCAGCGAACAGGACCUGUAUACACUCGGAAGGGAGGUUGGUCUGUUCCUGAAUUACUACGCACGUCGACCUGGGAGCCCAUUCCAGGAUUUAUCCCCGCCCAAGUUGACACCCUGGUUUGACCCCUGCAGUGAAUCGGCCGAGACACUUUAUGAGAGUUGGGCCCGAACUCCGUCGGAGGACGUCGAGCGCAUGCAGUUUGAGAAAGUCACUGGGUUCUGGACAGACAAGUACUUGCCGCCGUACUAUAGCGCUGCAGUUCGUACAGAAGGCUAUGACGUAAAACACCACAACAUCUAUUGCUAUCUCUUAACGGAGGAAGACAAACAGACAGUUCUAGACGCCUGGAACAAGAUCGCCCCUGCCUAUCGCCGUCCGGCUUCGUAG